AUGGCGCCCGCAAAUCAACCAGUCACGCAAGCCCUGCUCUCAAGAGCGCACUCCCCCGACGGCGUCAACCGCAUCUUCACAGACAAGAUCCAAUACCGACCCCUCUACCUGCGACCGAACUCACCACCGCCGCCCUCCAACGCGCGCGCCAACCGCCGCAAGGCCCGCGACGACUUCGCCAAGAAACAAAAACUCAAGCCGAAACCCCUCUCCGCCCGCGAACGACGCAGGCGCGGCCUGUACGAGGUGCCCCGCGAGGGCCAGAAAUACGCCGUCUUCGAGCCCCUCCACCGCCUCUGGCUGGGCUACGUCGAGGAGGUCCUGGGCUCGGAACUCUACGGCGGGGGCCAGGGCGCGGCGGCGAAGCUGAGCGCGGCCGAGUUCCACGGCGCCGAGGUCGAGGUCUCGCGGAGCUCGUGCCCGAGCCGCGUCGGCAUCAAGGGCAUCGUCGUCAAGGAUUCCAAGUUCGCGUUCGAGAUCAUCACGCGCAAGAAUGAGAUGAAGAUCGUGCCGAAGGAGGGGACGUGGUUCAGGGUCGAGAUACCCGUCAAGGAGCCCGAAGAAGGGUCGGAUAAGGCCAAAGAGGGUGGUGACUCGCGGCGGUUCGUGUGCGAGGUGCUCGGCAACCAGUUCCUUAUGCGCGGCGCGGAUCGGGCCAACAAGAAGUUCAAGCCCCAUUAUCUGAAGAACAUCUGA